GAGGAUAAACCAUGGAGAAAGCCUGGUGCAGAUAUUACAGACUAUUUUAACUAUGGUUUUAACGAAAUAACAUGGAGAGCCUAUUGUGCUAAACAAAAGAUGCUAAGAGAAAACAAAAAAGUAAACAGUUUUUAUGUAUUAUAUUGCAGAGGGUAUCUAUUUACUCAUUUUAUUUUUAAUUAG